AGAUGAGGAGAAUGAUGACAUCCAUCCUCUUCCUCCUCCACCCGGGGCUCUGCGAACGCCUCCACCUCUUCCUCCUCCACCCGGGGCUCUGCGAACGCCUCCACCUCUUCAGCGUGCACCCGGGGCUCUGCGAACGCCUGCAGAGACGCCUGCAGCUGCCGAGUCUUUCAUCCCAAGACAAAAUAUUCGGGAUGGCAUGUUUCAGCAUAUUUUGAGACUACUGGAGGACCUGAAAGACGCUCAAGUGGAACAUGGGAGAAUUCUCCAGGCCCUCGUGCAAAAUCGUCAAAACAUGCCUGACCUAAUUCGCACCACUCCUGAAGGUUUCCCCCUAAAGACAAUUACUGAUCUAAUGUCCAUGGAGGAGAAACUGCAAGACCCCACCUUCAUGGCAGAACUGAUUGCAGCUGUGGCUGACAUUGGAGGGGCCACUGUUGACGGGGCCACCCGCCGUAUGAUGGCCUUCCUCCUUGAACACAAGUUUUCAAGAGGGUUCAACUUCUUGGGAAGAAAUGGCAAGAGGGGCUUCAAGCCCCUCAAGCUGUUUGAAGUCGUUUUAUGGAGCCUUGAAGAAGAACACGAUGACUCGUACCAUCACAAGGAAGGAUGCGGAGAAGGCAGUCCCCAAAUGGCUCAUUAGGGCUAGGGACAGGGGGGGGAAUAGACAGGCCCGUCAGGCCAGAGUAGCAGCUCCUCCAGAAAUGCCAAUCAUGUAUUUUGUUGUGGAGUUCCUUGACAACUCUGUUGGGAUUGUAAGCAACAGCUGGACUAAUGGUGACAAUUCGAUGACCUUCUGGCCACCUUAUGCAGAUCCAAAUAAAUUUAAAAUGGCUCUAUUAACACAUGCAGUCCCUGGACCAGCGUGGACCACCCACACCAUCACAGUUUUGGGCACUGCAGAUGACUAUGAAAAGGCGAGAAAAAAGGCCAAAAUGGCAGAAACACAUUUAGCUGUCGCCAGUGAGCCUGAGGAGUUGGAGAGAUGCCAGCGUUCAAGACAACCAAAGAAACGUUACAUCACCCUGCCUGAGCCUGGACCAAGUAGACCAUUGCCACCAGUUCCACCAGCAGCGAUGAACCUGACUCUUAUGAGCCCACCCCCACCACUUUCACCAGUGAGGCAGCCAUCAUUGUCCUCAUCAAGUUCACACUCAGGCCAAGCCCAUCACAUGGACACCCAGCUGUUGAGCCCACCUCAACCCCUCCCAAUUCACCCCCCUUUGAGGCAGCCAUCAUCAUCCUCAAGAAAUCCAUCUGAACAAGUGGACGACCAACUUAGUCCACCCCUCCCUAUUUACCCACCUGCAAGGCAGCCAUCAUUAUCCUCAGGCCUUGAGAGAUAUUUGGUCUCUACGCUGGAGGAGAUUAAGGAUAGGCUGUCUGCAUUGGAGCGGACGGUGACAAUGUUGGCCAGAUCAGGCAGCAACAAACACGCAAAGCUGCCAGACAACUUGGAGCUACCUCUCCAGAACUUCCAGGACCUCAAUGGACUGGAGGAAAAACUGGAGGACAGCCCCUACCAAAAAGAAUUGACUGCUUAUCUGGGGACAAUUGGUGGUGCCACUGUCCAGGCCACAACCAGGAGGGUCCUGGCCACCGUUUUCGGCCAUUCAUUGGCCAUGACCAUCAAUUGGAAUGGGUGCAAUGACAAAAGGGCAUUCCGGGACCUAAAAUUAAAGAGGGUAGUUGUAGAUGCUGUUAGGAGAGGCUCAAUGGACUCCCCACCAGCAGCACAGAUUGAGGACGAGGUGAAGGUGUGGUUCCGGAAUGCCCGAGAUAGGGCGGGUGGCCGUAGGCAGCGGUACAUUCGAGUUGCAGCACAGGACGUUUAAUG